UUGUUCUUCGAAUAGUCGAGCUAAUAAAAUGUAUGACUGUAUGAUUUAGCAUUGAAGUUCUAUUUUCUUUCAACUGAUUGUUUUUAAUUCAUAAAAUGUAUCUUCUUACGACUCUAUAGGUCGACCACGUUUUUUGAGCAGCGGCAGGACAGCUGAUUCGCCAAAAGAUGGUAGGAAUAUGUAUGUAAUGCAUAGUAAAGCGGUAUAAGUUAUCAAUGAAUGUAAACGAUGCAUGGUCCAAAGGAUAUGGCGUUGACUUAACAAAGUUGCUUUUCGAGGUUCGAGCCUUGAAGCCACUUUCUCAGUUGCCGGGAGAAGCUGUCACGAAAUCUAAACAUCAGACGACAUCCAUUUAUACAGUUUCCGACAGGAAGAUUUUCAUGAUUUCCUAUGCAAUCACCGAUGAAAAUUUAAGAAGUAAAUUUCCGCGAAGAAAACUGAAUUGGAACCGUUCACCUAGCUGGGUCAGGUUGUUUGGAUUUUCAAACCAUAGUUUUAUAAUUUGAAUGUACAAGGAAGUUAUAUAGAAUAAAUGAAAUGUGGUCUGAUAUGCGUAACUUUGUUAAACCAAUAGAGAAUUGUUUAUUGAAUAUAACAGACAUGUCUGGCAUUUUCUGUAAUGUGACAUCAGAUUCUGUUACAUGCUGGCCGCCAACAUCUGCUGGCAGUGUUGCAAAGCAACCAUGUCCGUCAAUAUUCGGCGCGCCAGUGGAAACGUACGCAUACAAGAGAUGUGAUCAAAGUGGAAAGUGGGCUGAGUCCGAUAUAUGGAAAGGAUUUGGUCACAGUGACUACAGUGAAUGCGUUGGACAUCUUUCAAUGAUUGAAGAAGUUUUUGACGUUGAUAAGGAAAAACUGAAAGAAAUGGAGACAGGAAUUUUUGAAGGAAGCAGAUCAGCUAACAUUGUAUUUCUUGUGCUUUUAUUGAUGUCAGUAGCAUUCUUAGUUGUUUCCCUAUUGAUUAUUCAUUGCAUCAUUCCACGAAGACUUAACCAGCGUCCGAACUAUAAAAUCUGGAGGCACCUUAUCAUGGCACUCAUUUUUCAAACGGUGUUUAAAACCGCGAUAGAGAUAUUUACUUUGAUUCGAAUUAAACAAGUAACACCUCUCUGUGAAUUUUUGAUAACAAGUUUAGAAUACAUGGAUACUGCAGUUUAUAUGUGGUUUAUGAUACUAACUCACCUGCAUCAGCUUACUGCCCAGUCGGGGAGACAUUGUAAUUCUGGAUAUAUAACCUACAUUUUGAUUGGUUGGGGCAUUCCCGCAAUCCCCAUAACAGUAUGGGCUGUGACAUCAUCACUAAGUUAUAAGGUUCCGUGUUGGCAAGAAUAUGAAUUCAGGCCGAGUAUAUGGAUUCUAGGAACUCCUCGAAUAUUGAUUCUGCUAACUGCGAUUUUGUUCCUCAGACAAGCUUUCUUGAGGAUGUCAAAGAACUCCGAACUCCUGAACACAAAUCGCUGUUAUCGACGGUUGUAUCUUGAGACGCUUGGAUGUGUGUUUAUCGCCUUGCUUAUCAUAUCUUUGCUGCUGUCAAAAAUAUUACUUUUUAGUUUAUCACCUCUACCAUCAGAAAAGAACGUGCUAGGCAUUCUUUGUAACGUCUUAACUUCUACAAAAGGGACAUUAUUUUCAUGGGUUAUGCUAAGUUUUAAUUCAGACACGCGGGGGCUUCUUGAAAGCAGCGUUCGAAGAAUUUCACGCCAAGAACAGGCUGCGCGUUCUGUUCAGGAAAUUGAAGUCUAAAGAAAGUGAAUGACAAAGAAAGGCAUCUUCUAACUAGAUCUCUUUUGCAAACAAUAUCUCAUUGUGUGUAGGUUUGGAUAACGAGGUUGCUAAUCACACAGUUUGAGCACAAAUGAUGCUCCGUUUCAACGGAGGUGAACGACGCACGCAUAUAAUAAUAUAAACAAUAUAAAAUUUGAGACAAAUUUAUAAUCGGUAAAUCAUUCUAUUUAUCUUUUAAUUCUUCUCUUUUUGAAAAGGGAUAUCGUAAUUUGGGCUUCGUGGUCUGAAUUAUACACAAACAAAGAUUCAUCCUGGAAAACAUGUGCUUGAUUAGUGAAAAAAAAAUUGCAUGAGGUACGUUGAAAGUUCUGCAAACCUGCUGAUCUUAUGUAUUUAUCACCUGUUACUUUACCCAAAUAAUAAAGAUUUCAACAGUUAUUGAAGUUCUCCUAACCUACAAAUGUUCAACUGACUUCAGCUUGAUAUUUGCUUUAGUUCUAGCGAGUUUUAUUUUUAUUUCUAGUCCAACUAGUUGUAUGCGAUUCAGGUCUGCUUAUCAGGUUUGUUGGUGCGAAUUGUUUACAUUCUCCAUUUCUCCAGGCUUCAUGGCCUCAUCAGCGCCUUCCGGCAAAUUCGAAUUUUUAGCAGUUAGUUUAAAUUAUUUUUGAAACUCUGUUUCACAACUUUUUGUUUUAAAAAAUAAUUACACCAUUUGAUAAAGAAUGUUUCAAUGUGUAUUUAUGCAUUUUUUUAUAACUUUUUUUUCAGUAGUUUAUUUAAAAUUUUGAAAAAGGGAUCUCUGAUGCAUAAUUUAUAUAAAAACCUGCCGAGCGCCAUUUUCUGGCUUUUAUAUGGCAGUCGGAGGUUUAUCAUGAACUAUUUCUAAGGGAGGCUCAAGAGGGGAAAUAUUUUUAAAUAUUUUAAAUUUAAGAUAUUUAAAAAAUGUGUUCAGGUUACCAUCCCCAGCUUUUAUUAUAUUUGACUGGCUUAACCUAGUAGGUUGUCCCCCUUGAAAAUUAUCCGAUAAUCAAUAUUGGUUUCCCUGCUGAUAUUACUUUGAGCAAUAGAUCAUAUAGGAAAUUUAUUUUCAAUGAUUAAUUUCAAAUAUGUGUUUUGGUUUGUGAAUAUUUUACCAGAUAUGACAGUAUACAUCAAUUUCUUCUCUUCAAUUUGAUGUGAAAAUAUAUAUUCUAACUUAACAUCUUCUUGCUUCCAAUUGUGUUUAAUAAGUAUCACCAUCACUUAUAUUGAACAUAUAGUGAAAAUCACUAAAUUUUUCAAUUUCUUUUACUUUAGAGGCAAAUAAAUUAUAUUUUCCAAAGCAUGACAAUUUAUUAUCACAUAUGUAGGUAUUCCUGACUUUAUACAAUAGUAUAAUUAUAAGUGUAAUAGGGUAAAGGCUUCUUGCUUCCAUUUAACUUCAAGGUGUAUCAAGAAAUAAAAAAACUAGUUCUGAUGUAGCUUAAACGAUGUAACGAUUUACGGAACUGCAUAUACCAACAACUGACGUACGAUUCAAUAUAGUCUUUUGAUAUAAUAACGCUCAUAAUUGUCUCAAAGUCAAAAAAUAGAAGAAAAAAUACAGAACAGAAUAGAACAGAGCUUUGAUUUUUCAACAAACUGUUUAUGAGAACAAUACGAAUGAACAUAAAUUACAGUUUUUCUGACUGAAAGCUAAAAUCUUUGGAAUAUUAAAACAAUCGACGACAGGAGAAAAACUACGUCAUAGAGUAGUUUUCUUAUGAAAUAGUGUAAUUUGCAAGUUAGGCGCUCCUUGAAAGCUAGUGAGUGGGGGGAAGAAUGUAUACAUUUAUUUAAACAAAAGACACAGCAUGGUUUCCACGCUUGCAAAGACGCAAUAUCAUUUCUAUUUUAGAAAUGAAAUCCAAGCUUGAAAACAAAACAACAAAAAAUAUUUAUAACAGCAUGAUUCCCGUGAGUUUGCACGAUAGGAUUAUCUCUUUAGUACGACCUACAUUUUUUUUGUCACGGUUUGUCCGUGGAAAGCAUGCAAAAUAGCCACCUUUACAGCUGAAGACUUUAGUUUACACGGAUAAAUUUGAUUUCAUGAUUGCAUUGUAUAGUAUGUACAAACACAUAUCUGAAUGGCAUAUUAUGUAUAUCAUUGAUUAUACAAGACUAAGUAACUUAGACACUAUAGAUAAGUAGACAGGGUGAAUCAGAGCUAAUUUAAAAAAAAAAAUGAGUUCGGAUCUCAAUGAUACACAUACACCAAUGCUGAUAAGAAAAAUUAGAAACUUGAUUCAUAAUUAAUAGAUUCAUUCUUUCCUUGUUUUCUAUUGAAAACCCAGAAUCAAGGCCAGUUAAUCAAACAUGUGUAUGGAAUGAUAUUUAGGUAAAUAUUACACAGUGCCUGCUGACUGUUA